UAGAAACGCUCAGUUAAACACUAUUCAGUAUAAAUAUCACCUUCAAAUAAGAUAUUAGUCAGACGCUGAGAAGACUUGCUAAGACUACAUCACUCUGUCCAAGCGAGCUUUCGUCCAUUUGUCGUGUAUCCAGCAUAUAACCUAAACCUUCAAUAUGCGUGAGUGUAUCUCUAUCCACAUUGGUCAAGCUGGUGUCCAGAUGGGCAAUGCCUGUUGGGAGUUGUACUGUUUAGAACAUGGUAUCCAACCUGAUGGUCAGAUGCCUUCUGAUAAAACUAUUGGAGGUGGAGAUGAUUCCUUCAACACUUUCUUCAGUGAGACUGGAGCUGGUAAACAUGUUCCAAGAGCUGUAUUUGUUGAUCUGGAACCAUCAGUUGUAGAUGAAGUCCGAACUGGUACUUACCGUCAACUCUUCCAUCCUGAACAACUCAUCACUGGUAAAGAAGAUGCUGCUAAUAAUUAUGCUCGAGGUCACUACACUGUUGGUAAAGAACUCAUAGAUCUAGUACUUGAUCGAUUGAGGAAGCUGGCUGAUCAAUGUACUGGUCUUCAAGGAUUCCUCAUCUUCCACAGUUUUGGUGGAGGAACCGGAUCUGGUUUUUCGUCUUUGUUGAUGGAACGAUUGAGCGUCGAUUAUGGCAAGAAAUCUAAGCUAGAGUUUGCUGUUUAUCCUGCUCCACAAGUCUCGACUGCUGUAGUAGAACCUUACAACUCUGUUCUAACAACCCAUACCACACUAGAACAUUCAGAUUGUGCUUUCAUGGUGGACAACGAAGCUAUUUAUGAUAUCUGCCGACGAAAUCUUGAUAUUGAAAGACCAUCUUACACCAACUUGAAUCGGUUGAUUGGACAAAUCGUCAGUUCAAUCACUGCUUCACUCCGAUUUGAUGGUGCCCUCAACGUCGAUCUUACUGAGUUCCAGACCAACUUGGUACCUUACCCACGUAUCCAUUUCCCAUUGGCUACCUAUGCACCAGUCAUCUCUGCUGAGAAAGCCUACCAUGAACAACUUUCUGUAGCUGAAAUCACCAACGCCUGUUUUGAACCAGCCAACCAGAUGGUCAAAUGUGAUCCUCGUCAUGGUAAAUACAUGGCUUGCUGUAUGUUGUACCGAGGUGAUGUUGUUCCCAAAGAUGUCAAUGCUGCUAUUGCUACCAUCAAAACCAAGAGAACCAUCCAAUUUGUUGACUGGUGUCCAACUGGUUUCAAAGUAGGUAUCAACUAUCAACCACCAACUGUUGUACCAGGAGGUGAUUUAGCCAAGGUCCAAAGAGCUGUUUGUAUGUUGAGUAACACGACUGCUAUUGCUGAAGCUUGGGCUCGUCUUGAUCAUAAAUUUGAUCUGAUGUACGCUAAGAGAGCUUUCGUCCACUGGUAUGUUGGUGAAGGUAUGGAAGAAGGUGAAUUCUCUGAAGCUAGAGAAGAUUUAGCUGCUCUAGAGAAAGAUUAUGAAGAAGUUGGAGUUGAUUCUGUUGAAGGUGAAGGCGAGGAAGAAGAGGGUGAUGAAUAUUAAGAUAUUAGUUAUAAAUUACUACAUUAAAGACCCAAAUAUUUUCAAUACGUCAAUUGUAGAACGAUAUCAUUAUUAAAACAGACCCUGAAACAUGUUAUUACUUAGUUUCGCGUUGAUUCAUUUUGGCCUGUGCUAUUGAAGUUGGUAUGUUCUCGACUCUGUGUAAUGUUUCAGGUUCUGUAUUAAAUUUUCCUAAUUGCAAUAGUAUAAUUUUGUAUAAUCUAUCGAAUUAAAUAAUUUUCCUGUAGGAGAAAAGUAGUUCUGACAUUGAGUGCCCGUAAAGCUGAAUCGUCUAGUCCGGUUUCACACGCAUUCCCUGGAGUAAUGUAUCAUCUAGGGUUGGGCGGCAUACCGUGAAAAGCACUUUACCGCGUCAUUGGAUUUUCACGGUAUUUGUAUCACCAAAAUAAUCUGUAUCGCGGUUUUACGGUUAUACCGUCAUGCGUGACGGUAUAGUGACGGACUGAUUGUAUAGUGUCAUCAUAAUUUUUUGUAAAAUACAUAACGAGGGUUUGGUGUAUUAAUGCUCGCGUAAGAUUUAGCAGAAUCAUUAAAAAUCGUUUUGGUUCAGUGAGUCAAUUUUAAUCGUAGUAUACAUGUAUUGUGAUACAGAUCAGUAAUGUAUCGUCCCAACCCUAGUAUCAUCUCUCAAAGGUGAUUCACGAACAAGGAAUGGAAAUCUUUCACAAGGGUUAUUUCUAUCAUAGAGCUGGAUUUUAACCAAAACCUCUUGCUUAAGUUUAAUGCAUUUAUUGUACUAUUGAAUUUUAAAGUUAUGAUACUGGUUAGGUCCAUUGAUGAAUGUAUACUCAAGUUUGAGCGAAAUUUAAAAUUUAUGUUCAUUCUAAAGUAUUCAUACACGUAAUAUUGAAAUUGACCCGGAUGUUCAUAAAUCUCUCAUUUCGACUAUAAUGUAAUACAUAUGUACUUUCGACCUUCUUUCAAGGUAUACUACCUCUUAGGUUGACUAAAAUUUGAAAUUUUUAAGCUUAGCCAAAAGAAGGCUUAAUCAGGGGACAUAAUCCCUCUAUAAUCCAAUAAGCGGAUAAACUAAGUAAUAAUUCAUUAAACUAAGUAAUUUUGAAACAUGAUUAUUUAGUUUAAUGGAUAUAUCGACUUAUAUAGAGAUUCUAUUCUUUAGGCAUGGCAACAGGUAAGUCCAACUG